AUGGUCGCAUCCUCAGGUUUCUAUCUUGUUAUGUCUGUGAUUUCAAGUAGCUCGAUUGUCCUGGCCGUACAAGUUCAUCCAGUCAAGCGCAGUAUCGUCUCAUCUGCCACCUGCAUGAGCGGAUACUCAUGGAUGGACGACAGUCAGGGCAAUUCGCCUUGUCUUACGGUCGCUUAUGUAGAGGGUGCGUACACUGGGAACGACUACAACCAGCCAGUCCUAACCAGCGGCUAUUCGUACUCAUUACCAAAUUCUUCGACUGCCAAUCCUUGCUACUGUUCUUGGUCGUCCUAUAAUCUUAUGAUGGCCUGCACUCUAUGCCAAGAAGUUAAUAAUAGUGCUGUCUGGAGGCAAGUCAUCCGUCUUUUGGCCUCAGUGGGCAUCGGGAUGCGCCACGAACCAAUCAUGGGCACAGGAGUUCGUUCAAGUUUCAUUUUUGUUGAGCUCCGCUUACGAUAUCUUACAGAUAUUUCCCUUCUGGAUAUGUACUUGCUGGAGAUGCGUCCAUACCUUAUUGGGCUACUACUAAUCCGUCAACAUGGACAUACGAGAUAUUCAAUAUCCAAGAUGCAAACUGCUACCUAUCAAAAGAAUUCCUCGAGCAUCACCCCGAGCGCCUCAUCAUUAUCUAGCGGUUCUGGUUCAAGCCCAUCAUCUAGCAGUUCAAGCUCAAAAUCAACUGACGUGGGCGCGAUAGUUGGCGGUACCAUCGGAGGCGCAGCCGCACUCUCUUUUCUUGUCAUUGCUACCUAUAUAUUGUACAGACGCCACGUAUACAGGAAAGGAGGUUAUGCUUUGGCUAUCAACCAACAAGGGACGACCUUUAUACCAUCGUCACAUAACCGCAUCCCCUCCGAUACAUCCGAUCUCGCUCCAUCAGUGUCGGGCCCUCUUGCCAUGUAUGGGCAGUCAGUAUCUCCGUCCCAGCAGUAUCAGACUGCAUACCUAUCUCCACACGGCUCAUCCUUGCCCCUUCCACGGAUGGAUCUCUCCGUCUACACUACACAUACUGGUAACGGCCAACGUUCUGACGCCGUACCAAUGGUCUAA